UCGUGCAGGUAAACAGCAAAAUCUUAGUGAACCCAACUCUAUCGAGAGUGGUCGAAUAGACUUGAGACUUUGUUCCUAAAACAAUUUUAUCUGAAACCGUGCGGUGGUAACGUUUCGAGCAACGGCUAACCACAUCGUUACAGAGUUGCGUUACACGGGUUUAUUUCGGGAUCUUCAACUUUCACCUUUCAUUUAAAACGAUAAAAUUUCGUUUAAUAGUUAAAUUCGUAGAGAAAAGAUGCGGAUCACCGAAUUUUUGGCUAUCGUUUGGGUGCUGCUGGUUCUGGCGAGAGACACCGAUUCGUGGCGGCGGCGACGACGGCGACGUUCUCCUCCUCCUUGCAGUGCACGACCAUGUCAGGUUAGCUCUUGGAGUUCAUGGAGUGCUUGCAGCCAACCCUGCGGAACAAGCGGAACUCAAAAAAGAACAAGAAGAAAAACUGUUGUUCAAGCAUGCGGGGGAUCUUGCCCGUACAGUUUAGAUCAAGUACGAGCGUGCAACAGAGAUCAAUGUAAGAACGGAGGAACCCCUUUUAGUAAUGGAUGUCGGUGUCGCCCUGGAUAUCGGGGAACGUGUUGCGAAGGAGACGUCAAUGAGUGUAAUAACAGACCAUGCCAGCAUACUUGUACCAACACGUUCGGUAGUUUUACAUGCAGUUGCCAUUCGUGCUACACCAAAGUGGGUUUAAAAUGUGACCUGAGGCAGUGCAAAAUCAACAACCAGUGCUACGCGUAUGGCAGAGUAAACCCAAGUAACCAGUGUCAGAAUUGCAAUAGUGCAAACAAGUAUGCCUGGACAAACAACAACAAUUUGCCGUGUAACGACCGAAAGGCAUGCACUAAAAAUGAUCGCUGUUCUAAUGGGGUUUGCUCCGGCACGCCUUUCUCGUGCCUCCCGUGCGAGGAGUGCUACAAUGACGCUUGCCGCGUGAAACCGGGAUACUGCGUGAUCAAUGAGGGUGGAAGACGACAGUGUUUUCGUCACGGAGCCUUACGACCAGGACAUCAAUGCCAGCAAUGUGACAGCAACAAUAAUAAUCGGUGGACUAACAACAACAACCUUAGGUGCAGCGACAACAACUUGAAGACCAAAAACGACCGCUGUUCAAGUGGCACGUGCGUCGGCACGCCCUACAACUGUCUCUCAUGUGAAACACAUGACGGCAAUGGCUGUCCAAUCAAAUCUGGAUAUUGCAUAAUACUGCAAGGAGGCAAAAGGACAUGUUAUGCCAAGAAUCACUAUAAGCCAGGGAAUCCUUGUCAAUGGUGUAACCCUGGCAGUAGUAUCAGCACUUGGUCUAAUCGAGACGGCGUGGCAUGUGAUGACGGGAACGCAUGUACACGUGCAGAUACGUGUCGCAGCGGCCAGUGCACAGCUACACCUUUCAAAUGCAACUCGGUUUGCCAGUACUGUAAUGGCAACAGUUGCAGUCUGAAAACUGGGUUUGGUUUUUUGAACAGCAAGUGUACUUGUAAGAUAGCAGGCCGGGACUACAGCCACCAAGCAGUAAAUCCAUCUAAUCAGUGUCAGUGGUGUGACUUGCACGAUACAGCCGCUCGUACCAACAGAGCCUGGAGCAAUCGUCCAGCGGUGCCUUGUAACGAUGGAAACAAAUGUACAAAACAAGACACGUGUAACGCUGGCAGAUGCAUAGGACAAGGUUACUCUUGCCAAGCAUCUUAUCCUGCCACAAGCUGUAUCCAAACCUCUCAGUGUGUUGGUAACGGAUCUUGCCGCGCGAUCAUGAGGCCAAGUAGAACAAUCUGCCGCCCGGCUGCGGACGCCUGCGAUCGCCCUGAGAGGUGUGACGGACGCCUUGGAACAUGCCCUGGUGGCGUAACAGACAGCAUUACCCUGACUACUGGCAAUGUACAGCUUCAGGACCAUGCAUUUAAGACAAUCAUCACCUUUCAGCACUCUACAGAUAAGCUUUACCUUAAGAUGUCCGGUUUCUCCGUUUUAUGUGGCCAAUUGACACUUAGGUGGUUCCUUCUACCAGCAUCCUCCGCUUGCAAUACCUUGUUCGGCGUAAAAGGAACGUUUUCGAAUGGCAACUCUCAACAAACUCUGACUGGACUAAGUCUUCAAGAUAACAGCAAAUACAAAGUUAAAAUACAAGCUUCUGAUAUAAGAAACAGCAAUGCGCCACCGAUCUGCAGUGGCGAGAUCACAAUUGACACAUCAAAACCACAAGGCGGGUGGAUCCGCGAUGGGGCUGGAGCUGACUUGAGCUACCAGGCCACUAAACUCUUGCAAGUAAACUGGGGAGGAGUUCAAACCAGACAUGGUGUUGCCAAGUAUGAAUGGAAAGUUCUCUCAACUUCGUUUAGCGGUAAACAAACAACAGAGCUCAUGGGUUUUACUAGCGUAAAUCUAAAUACUAACGCAGGUAAGACCUUCAAUGGCGUCACAGACGGAUCAACUGUGACAUUCGUAGUUCGCGCUUUCACAAAAGCCGGUUUGUUUUCUGACCUCACCAGCGAUGGAGUGAUUGUUGAUACUUCCCCUCCUGCAGCUGGCAAGAUCUACGAUGGCAAUCAACUUGGUGUAGAUCUCAAGUACGCCAAAUGGACGACUACGUUCGGCGCGAACUGGGAUCGUUUUACCGACCCACAUUCACCUAUCUCACGAUAUACCUGGGCAAUACAGAGACUAGGGGCUGGUUUAAUCACUUCCUUUAAGACGACAGCUUUACACCGCUCUCCCACUUUGAUCAACCUCAAUCUUGUUUCUAAAGAAAGCUACUGUGCGGUUGUCAGAGGUUACAACGAGGCUGGUCUGUUUACUCAAGUCAAAUCAGACUGCGUACUAAUAGACCAUGAUGCUCCACAAGCUGGAGUUGUAAAUGACGGACAUUUUACUGAUAUUGACUACCAAUCCGACAAUACCUGGAUGGCAGCAAACUGGAAUGGUUUCUCAGAUGGGAACAAAGGAAGCGGAAUCGUAGAGUACAAAUACAGAGUGACAGAUAGCAGUGGACGCAUUGUUGUUUCUUGGACGUCGACAGGAAAUGCAACUAACAUCACACAUACCGGACUGACGUUGGGAAACAAUGCGAAGUAUUUCGUGACUGUCAGAGCAAUCGACGCAGUUGGUCUCACUACUGACGUCACUACAGAUGGCGUUACGGUGGACACAACUCAUCCUGUGUUCACUGGUACAGUUAGAGUGACUGGUGAGGAUGACUUCCUAAAUGGAACUGCGUGCGUCUACGUGCCAAGUGUCUCGUCAUUAUCAGUUAAUUGGGCUGGAUUCUCUGAUGCUCACAGCGGUCUGAGGCGUUACGACAGGGCUGUUAUGCCCUUGGGUACGUCACCAUCAAACUCCGACUUCAAAACCAUGCCAGGAUCUCAUCUACGAACAUCUGCAACGUUUAAAAAUCUGGCACUAACCCAAGGAAAAGCGUAUCAAGUCAUCAUCAGAGCAUACAAUGGUGCUAAACUGCAUAAAGAUGCCCCUUCAGUCAUUAUCAUACCCGAUGCCACACCUCCGUCCCAAGGAAAUGUGUACGACGGAGCAACAUCAGGAGUAGAUAUCGACUAUCAGGCAGACGUGAAGCAUGUUUAUGGUUCCUGGACAAAAUUUCCAGAACCUCACACUGGAGUUAAGCAGUACUAUUUUGCCGUCGGUAGCUGUAUCCCUGGUAACUAUCAUGUAACGGGAAAUACGUUUCUCAAAGUUAACCCUCCACAAGCCACUACCUUUAUACUGACAAAUAUCACACUAGUUAAUGGUCAACAGUACUGUAUCAAAAUCAAAGCUGAAAACAGAGCUGGAUUAAUUAGCUCAGAAGUGUCUACAGAUGGCUUCGUUGUUGAUGUGACUCCCCCAAGCUUACAAAAUGCUCAAGUGCGUGAUGGAAGUUCAGGUUCAGACAUCGACUAUCAGGAUAAUACCACGGCGUUGUCAGCAGAAUGGAAUGGUUUUGCCGACCCUGAGUCUGGAAUCCAGUAUUAUGAGUAUGGAAUUAGCAGAAAUCGUGGAGGAGCUGUUGAUGUAUCUCCGUUUCAAAAUGCAGGGUUGAAUACCUCAUCUACCGUUAACGGUCUUUCCCUAGCUGACGAUGUAUAUUACUUUACUGUUUGCGCUGUGAACUUUGCUGGACUGCGCGACUGUAUGAGCUCUGACGGAGUGCUGAUCGAUUUUAGCCCUCCAAACCAUGGUGUGGUGCACGAUGGAGUCAUUGAACCAGAUCUUCAGUAUCAAUCUUCUCUAUCAGAUAUGGCUGCAAACUGGGAAGGAGUCUGGGACUUGGAAAGCGGAAUUGAAAAAUUUGAGUGGAGUAUUGGUACAAGUGUGAGUGACAAAACCAGUGUUCAAGACUACAGGGAUGUUGGUCUUUCGACACACGUCCGAAGUCAAGGAGUCCUUACUUUACAGAGUGGAACAAAAUACUAUGUGCAUUUAAAAGUGACAAAUCAGGCUGGCGCUGUCAGGGAAUUGGUUUCGGAUGGUGUCAUUGCAGAUGCCACUCCACCAGUACCGAGUAUAAUUCUUCCAGGCUUCCGAUCACAGACUGAGUGGAGACAUAACGAACAAGAAAACACUUUUUACACGGCUUCUGAAUCUGACAUCGCAGUUUACUGGAAGAGCUUCUCCGAGCCCGAAAGUGAACUUUGGUACUACAAGUGGGCCAUAGGUAUAAGUAGAUGUGGAACUCAAGUUCAACCAUUCAUUAACAUUGGACGGUCCAACUUCGCCAACACUACGAUGACGAAUCUAAUCUUUACGCCCGGAAUAAAAUACUACGUCACUGUAACGUCUCGAAACCGAGCUGGUCUCGUCUCGCGAUCAUGCUCGGAUGCAAUGGUCUUUGAUGGCACACCACCGAAUCCGGGAGAAGUUAAAGUUGGACAGUCAUCUGGUCAAAAUGGGAGGAAAACGUUUGUCAGCAACAGCAGCAUCGUCGUUUCGUGGUACGAGUUUAAAGACAUGGAAAGUGGCAUUAAAAACUGCAACAUCUCCGUUAGGGACAAAGCCGAACAACUUCUCUUUCUUGAGAAGAGCAACGCAUCCUCGGGUAAUAUUUCGCUGUCUUUGAGUGCUCUUCAUCACGGUGAAAGUUAUAAUGUCAGUGUAGUUUGCAUAAACAAUGCAGGGCUCGUUGCUUUUUCAACCGUUGAAUUUGCCAUAGAUAACACGCCACCUUUUCAGACAGGUCCCAUUAUAGCCGGGGUAUCACGCAAUCGGUCAUUCCAAUAUCAGUCAGACACAGAAUCCAUUGUAGCCACAUGGUCUCCGUUUGCCGAAUAUGAGAGUGCUGUCCGGAAUUAUCGUUUUGCCGUCGGUACUCGGCCUUACCAAGACGAUAUCGUCAGCUUUGAGAACGUGCGCCUGGCAACGCAGGUAACCAAGAACGACCUCAGCCUUUCCCAUGCAAACGUCUAUUACAUGACAGUUAUAGCAACGAACCAAGCGGGUUUAAGUAGUGAGGUGUCGUCGCUUGGACUCGUUAUAGACACAACUCCUCCAUUAGCUGUUGACAGUGAUAUCCACGAUGGCGCAAGUGGGGAUGACAUCGAUUACUUCUCUCCAGACAUGGCCAUCGAAGCACGCUGGGAAGACAUAAGAGAUCCAGAAAGUGGCAUUGUGGACAGCAAGUACUGUUUAGGGACCAAGCCUCGAGGCUGUCAGAUAAAAGGAAUGACAAGUGUUGGAGCCAACUUGUCAUUCACCUGUCCGACCUGUCAUGCUAAUGCGGGGGAGAGAGUGUAUGUAACGGUACAUGUGACCAACGGAGCUGGUAUUUCUGUGACACGCAGCUCUGAUGGAAUGCUUUUGGAUGUAAGUCCGCCGCUUAUGGGUGAUGUCAUUGACGGAAACGAUUUAACAGGAGUAGACUAUAAUGUCGUUCUCGAGGACUGGAACGUUUCUAUGUCUUGGUUUGGCGUUGAAGAUGGCGAAAGUGGGGUGCGAUCAUGCAUAUGGAUAAUCGAAGGCGAAGCUGGGAGCAAACUCCAUCAAGUUGACAUUACCAAUGGCUCAACUUAUGGAAAAAGGAAAGCCUUUUCGAAUUCUCAGACGUACGCAGAUCUUCACUUCAUCAAAAACGUAACGUAUCAUAAUGUACUGACAUGUUGGAAUAACGCGGGUAUGCAGAAUACUGUUCGAUCCAAUGGCUUUCGAGUAGAAUAUCUGUGGCCCAUUCCAACACAGGUCAGCGAUGGAUCAGCGGAAGGUACAGACCUCGACUAUCUAACUAGCACAAAGAGAGUUGGUGCUAAUUGGGAUCCUUUCAUGGACGAUAUUGUGGAUCCAGUUGUUGAUUAUGAGUGGGGCAUAGGAACCGCUCCUGGUAGAGAUGACAUUUCGCGUUUCACUAGCAUUGGGCUGAGCGCAAAUGUUGAGAAAGACUUGAAACCCAACGCACCAGGCCUCGAUGUUUUAAACUCAGGUCAAAAGUAUUACAAUACCAUAAAAGCCAUCACUGCCAGAGGACUUAGCAGUGUAAGCUCGUCCAAUGGCUUCACCGUAGACCCCACUCCACCCAUGAUAACAGAGGUCACCAUACAUCACAUAGUCAAGGACCAAGAACAAAAAAGCGUUGAGAUAGAUGUUUCCUGGAAUAAGACUAAAGAUGAUGAAAGCGGUAUAAAAAGCAGUGCGUUCUGUUUGGGAACAACACCCCUCACUUGUGUGGCGGAAACAAUACCUGCAGGUUUGUCUACUUCAGGUAUCAUUGGCCCAUUUAUGCCUCAAAUCCGUGCAGGAUAUUAUGUGACUGUGUUUGUUGUAAACAGAGCCGGUUUAACAACUGUUAUGUCGUCAGAAAAACUGAUAUUUGAUAUGAAACCACCUUCUUUGGGCGUUGUAAUAGACGGCAUUGGCCAGGAUAUCGACUUCACAAAUUCAACUAGUACCUUGACAAUCCAGUGGAAAGGUUUUAAGGAUGAAGAAUCCGGUAUUUCUGGGUGUUCUUGGGCACUGAUCGAGCAAACGGCAUCAGAUAACAGUUCCUCUUUUGGAAAUGACACAGUUGUCCUUCGAAAAGCCGUGGACAGCAGUGGGAACUUCACUGAAGGAAAUCUUAGUCUUGUUCCCGGCGCUCGCUACAUCAGUCAAGUAACCUGUACAAAUGGUGAUGGCUUUAGCAGCACUUCGUCUUCUGAUGGUGUUAUUGUUGACCUUACUCCACCCAAUUCUGGUCUGGUUCACGACGGAUCAUCUCUCCAUUUUGAUAUUCAGUUUCAAUUCUCAACAACGACAGUCGCGGCAAUAUGGGAACCAUUCCGCGACCACGAGAGUGGCAUAGUAAGUUACCGCUGGGGCCUUGGAACCACUCCUGACAGUGUUGACGUCAUAGAUUUUAAGGAUGUCGGCAUGAUUACUUCAGCGAUGGCGGAAAACCUUACCCUCACACAUGGGGAAAGGUACUACAUUACAGUGGAGGCCACGAAUGGUGCUGGAAUGACGUCACAUGGAUGGUCUGACGGCUUUAUCGUUGACACGUCAACACCCAAGUUGACAGAGGUUUCGCGAGGUUCCCUCUUGUGGCUUGGACCCGGAGGAGAACUGAAGGCAUCUUGGAAAUCACUAGAUUCCGAGAGUGGCAUAUCCAAGACUGAAUUCUGCGUAGGAACAGUAUCCAAUGGCUGCCAAGUUAAAUCUAUGACCAAAAUAACCAACAAUGAAACAAAACUAACCUGCAAUUACUGUGACUUAAGACACCAAGAAACAUAUUACAUCACCAUACGAGUUCAGAACGGCGCAGGGCUGUUUACAUUGGCAACAACGGACGAAGUAAAGGUGGACUUCACUCCACCGUCUGUCGGUAAAGUGCUGCCGGCCACUGACGUCACAUCAUGUGUGACAAACUGCACCCUGGUCUCUAACCUCACCUUCUUCCAAGACGAGGAAAGUGGUGUAAAAUUAUGCAGUUACGCUAUAAGAAACAGUACAAACUUGAUUGGCGACUUUGUAAAUAAUGGUUUGAAAACGACCAUAGCAGCGACAGGGCUCUCGUUAGUUGCAGGUGAAAGGUACCACACCAUUGUGAGAUGUGAAAACAAUGUUGGACUUGUCACAGAAAGAUCAUCUACUACACCAGUCUUGGUUGAUGACACUCCACCAACUAAGGGUUCGGUAAUAGUAAGCCCAGACCGCACGCAUGACGUUUUUGGACUUCAUUCCAGCUGCCACUUAUUCAACCAAACACUGCGGGCUCACUGGUUUGGGUUUUACGACAAAGAAUCAGGUUUGAGCGGAUUUCGCGUUGCAGUCGGCAGUCAUCCAAACGCAACAGACGUUCUUUCAUUCCAAGACGUCGGUGUCACGACAAAUGUCACGCUACCUCUUAAUGACAUUAACGCUUUGUUUGAAGGAAGCAUUGUUUACGUGACAGUUGAAUCACGCAAUCCAGCAGGUCUAGUUACGCAGAGUACAUCGCCUCCUACAAGGUUGAUUUCGGCAAAUAACGACGAGUAUAUGGCGCAAGGAGACUUUUUCUGUUAUAAUGUUUAAAAUGAAGACAUGAUGAACUGAUGGCUAGACUAUUUAGAAUGGUUAUUUUACAUUUUUUUUUCCUUGCUUUUUCAUAGUCUAAAAACCCUGAUCGCGUGUAAAGUUAAGUGAAUUGAUACAAUGAGAGAUACUGAUCAAUUAGAUACCCAAAUGUUAGGAAUGAAAAUAGUACUUGCACACGUGGAAGUGAAGAACACUGACAUGUAUAGUUGCGUAACGCCUGAAAGGCAAAUCGCAUUCGUCGUUCGCACAUUGCAGCUGAUUCACGCGUCAUGUUGCGCGCUUUGUUUCGAUUCAAUUUUGUCUUGCAGAAAAAGUUAUCUUCCUUGAAAAGCGAACGUAAUCGAACAAUUUCAUCCGUGAUACAUGUGCCUUUCUUUGCUAUACUGAGUCAAAUUCCUUUUAUAUUGAAGAAAAUUUGCAAUUUACUUUUCACAGAAAUGUCAAGUGGACAUUAAAAAAGCAGCAAAUGGACAAGUGUACAUUAGAAAAAAAAAACUGAAUAAAGCGACUACGAGUGAAAACUCUU